AUGGAGGUCCGAUACGCUGACAUGACUGACGCGGAUGUCUACGCUUACGAACAGGAGUUUAAUAUGGAAGAUGACUGGGAGGAAUUACAUGCGCACGAAAUGGAAGCUAUGGAGGAGGAGAUGUGUGCCAUGGAGGCAUUCGGGUUGCAGCAAGUUGGGGAUAAUCGGCCGCAGACAUCGAAUGCUUCUAAUUCACCCAACCAACCACCUACAGUCAAAUCAAACGCUUUAGUAAAAAGAGCAGAGGACACGAAAAAUGUGCACAAGCAUCUUGACCAAGUCUUGGCUCGAUGCGCGAACCUAUUGGGUGAGGAAGGAGACGAUGACAUGGCUAUCGAAAAUGCGCAGCUCGAUUUCGAGCACAAGGAGAGGCAGGCAGCGACAACAAAUGCUGCAUUUUCAAGCUCAUAUCUUCUCAGUCGUCCGCCAGUUGACAUCGACUCCCUCUCUGUUGUGCUGAGUGAUGGAAAGCGAAUGUUUUUGCGCAAGAAGCGAUCUAGCAAUGAGCAUGUAACUCCUGGUUCUGUGCGCAGUUUAGCGUCAUCACUUGUUUCUAUAAAGGAAUUAAUGGAUACUGUUGAGCGGAUGGAGAUUGAAGAAGCCACAACUGAAGUUGAAGACACGCUGCAUGAAGCUGAUUUAGAUAAUCACGAACGGCUUUUUGCGUCAAAUGCUGUAUUGUGGCUGGACAAAUACAGACCACGGAGUUUUUUGGAUCUUUUGAGCGACGAGCGAACUAAUCGGGAAGUGUUAUCUUGGAUUAAGUCGUGGGAUCGAUUUGUAUUUCCGAAGAAGAAGCACUUUAAUGGCGCUCAUCUAGCCAAACAAAUCCUUACUGGCACUCUCGAUCAGUCUCAGUGGAAUAAGGAACCUACGAAAAGCGAUUCUACCGAUGGAGAUGACGAGGAUAAACGUCCACUGAUUAAGAUCAUUUUGAUCUGUGGCCCUCCUGGAUCAGGAAAAACAACUUUAGCUAACAUCGUUGCUCGUCAUGCAGGCUACAACCCCAUUGAAGUUAAUGCUAGUGAUGAUCGCACGGCCUCAGUUUUGCGUAACAAAAUUGUUAGUGCAAUGGAGAUGCAGUCGAUUUGGGGCGAACGUAGACCGAAUUGCAUUAUUUUGGAUGAGAUCGAUGGUGCCAUGAACGGCACCGAUGGAAAAUCUGCGAUUGACGUAAUUAAAGAAAUUGUCAAUGCUCCCUUACAGAAGAAGAAAUCAGGAGGGAAAUCUGUAGUCAAAAAUCGACACCCAUUGACGCGUCCACUUAUUUGCAUUUGUAAUGACUUGUAUGCAUCCGUGCUGCGCCCAUUGCGUCAAAUAUCUAAGAUUUUCACAUUAGACAGUCCACACUCGCAACGACUCGUUUCGCGUUUGAAAUACAUCUGUCGUAAUGAAGGCAUAAAAGUUUCCACAGGGGCGCUAGCAGCUCUGUGCUCUAGCGCUGAAAAUGACAUUCGCUAUUGUCUAAACACUCUUCAAUUCCAAAGCACACGAUCAAGAGGAGCUGUGAUGAGUAAAUUGACUCUCAGUAAUGGACUCGUUGCUCAAAAAGAUCAUGUCCAUGGUAUGUUUGAGGUGUUGGAUCUUGUGUUUUACGAAGCGCGCUCAAAUAUGAAAAAGGGUGAAAUUCCUGCAGCUGAAAAGAUAAGCGAAGCUGUUGCAUCGAUCGGAAACUUUCCCUUACUGAUCAGUGGAUUAGAUGAAAAUGUACCUAGGAUGAUCUUUAACGACCCAACGUUAAAAAACAUCUGUGAUGUUUUCGAGUGGCUCGGACUUGCAGAUGAGUACGAAACUCGCGCUCGCUCAGACCAGCAGUUUUUUUUUCAAGCAUAUAUUGAGUUCGCUGCCAUCGCAACACACAGAUCUUGCUGCACAAGCUCAAGGCGCCGUGUGGAAUACCCUCGCGCGCAAUUUGAAGCGCAGAAAAGGCAAGAUCGGUGCGAAAAUAUCCUUGUCGCACUAUCAGAGGGAGCUCAUCUUCAGCCGAUUGUACGCGUGGGUACCAGCGUUCUUGUAGUUGAUGUGGUUCCGUGUCUCAUCGCAAGUCUAUCCCCCAACAUUCGUCGUAUCAAUCCGUCUCUCCAGACUAAGAAAGAACAGAUCAUGAUACAGCGGUUGAUUGAGCUGAUGGCAUCGCUUGGACUAUCGUUUUGUCACAAAUUUCUUCCCGACGGUACUGAAGAUUACGAGCUUGAACCGGCUUUGUACGAGAUAGUCAAGUUUCAAAGUAGCGAAGGUACCGCUGUACAGCAAUCUAUGCUCCCGCUGUCAGUGAGAAAAAUGAUAGCACGCGAAGUAGAACUGGAACAGAUGCGUCGUAGUGAAAACAAGAGUCCAUCAGUGAAUAACAACGACAACAGGGGUCUGCACUCGGUCAGCAAACAAUCCGAUAAAGUCACGAUCGAAGAAAAGGCUGCGAAUGCGACAUAUGCGCUCCCGAAGCUCAGUGAAGUAGAGUUAUUAAAGAAGGACGAGGCUCUUCGCAAGCAAAAUCCAUUUGCUUUUGCUCACCGUGAGGCGAAGCGUAAGCGUGAUGAGGAGCUGAACGCGAAAUUUAAACAGCAGUGCACAAACGAUUCUCGUAGGCACAACAUGGUGCGCUACAAGUAUAACGAAGGCUACACGUGUGGCAUUAAAACUGUCGUCUACGUCCGUGAUUUAAUAUGA